UCAUGUGAAGAUGGGACUCUUGGUAUUUGUACGCAAUCUGCUGCUAGCCCUCUGCCUUUUUCUGGUACUGGGAUUUUUGUAUUAUUCUGCGUGGAAGCUGCAUUUACUCCAGUGGGAGGACUCCACAACUCCUCUGUGUUCUUGCCUAUAUUUACAAAAGAUCAUAAUUGGAGAGAUUAUAAAAUAUGCAUUAUUGAUCUGAUUACUAUGGAGAGUACCAUCUGGCAAAUUCAGUGGUUCUUUCCUUUGACUCCGCUGGACAAACACUAGGCUCAGAGUAUGAUCGGUUGGGUUUCCUCCUGAAGCUGGACUCUAAACUGCCUGCUGAGUUAGCCACCAAGUAUGCAAACUUUUCAGAGGGAGCUUGCAAGCCUGGCUAUGCUUCGGCCUUGAUGACUGCCAUCUUUCCCCGAUUCAGGACCUGAGGAGCCAUGUGUGUCUUGGCCUCUCUCCAACAUCUCCAGAAGGCGAAUGCUGGGCAAAACCCUUGGGCAUCAAUCAGGAAGCUUGUUGUGUGCUAUGGAAUCAAAAGCGAUGUGACCUGGUCUGCCACCAGAUUUCUGAGAAAUUGGUUCUCCAAGCCAGCACCCAUGUUCCUGGAUGACUCUUUCCGCAAGUGGGCUAGGAUUCGGGAGUUUGUGCCGCCUUUUGGGAUCAAAGGUCAAGACAAUCUGAUCAAAGCCAUCUUGUCAGUCACCAAAGAGUACCGCCUGACCCCUGCCUUGGACAGCCUCAGCUGCCGCCGCUGCAUCAUCGUGGGCAACGGAGGUGUCCUAGCCAACAAGUCUCUGGGGUCACGAAUUGAUGACUAUGACAUUGUGGUCAGACUGAACUCCGCACCAGUGAAAGGCUUUGAGAAGGACGUGGGCAGCAAAACUACACUGCGCAUCACCUACCCUGAGGGCGCCAUGCAGCGGCCUGAGCAAUAUGAACGCGAUUCUCUAUUUGUCCUCGCUGGCUUCAAGUGGCAGGACUUCAAGUGGUUGAAGUACAUCGUCUACAAGGAGAGAGUGAGUGCAUCAGAUGGCUUCUGGAAAUCCGUGGCCACACGAGUGCCCAAGGAGCCCCCUGAGAUUCGCAUCCUCAACCCGUACUUCAUCCAGGAGGCCGCCUUCACCCUCAUCGGACUGCCCUUCAACAACGGCCUCAUGGGCCGCGGGAACAUCCCGACCCUUGGCAGUGUGGCAGUGACCAUGGCGCUACACGGCUGUGAUGAGGUGGCAGUCGCAGGCUUUGGCUACGACAUGAGCACACCCAACGCGCCCCUGCACUACUAUGAGACCGUGCGCAUGGCAGCCAUCAAAGAGGUCACCAGCGACUCAGCUCAAGGCUGCCAAAUCCAGUGGACACAUGGAAGCCUCAUCUUUCCUGACCUCCCAGAAAUGCUUUUUCUGUUGACCACUCCUUCCUCUUUGAAACUUUUCCUGCUCAGACUGUCCUGGACACACAAUAUCCAGCGAGAGAAAGAGUUUCUGCGCAAGCUGGUGAAGGCGCGCGUCAUCACCGACCUAACCAGCGGCAUCUGAGGUGGGCCCAGCACAUGGCCACGGAGGUCCUGGCACCGCCAAGAGGAAGCCGCAGCCACUGCCACCUGUCCACUUCAUUGGCCUCGGUCUGGCUCUGCCUGAAAGGCGCAGGAGUCUUCAGACCCAGAGAAGGAC